AUAAAACACGCACGACACGCACUAAUCUCUCCUUAUUUCACCCUCAUCACUUUCCUUCCCCAGAAAAACACGCACAACACACACUAGACUGAACGGAAGCCUCUGUAAAUUUCUUACUCAAUUUUACUUGGAAAGAAAAAAGAGCACCAAGUUUUUCGUGAAAUUUCGUUCUCGCCACUAGAACGAAAUUGAGUUGAGGGGAAAAGAUGUCGACGGCGGCGGGGCAGAACCAGAGCCGGCGGUUCACGUCGUCGACGGCGUCAUCGUCGGCAAAGAGGUCUUCAUCGUCGGACAAUGUGGGGAAGAUGGUGGCGUCAGGAUUGCCUUCUCAGCAACAUUUGGCCAAGAAAAGGCCAGCUCUUGCUAACGUCACCAAUCAAAGGGCACAGGGGAAUUUCAGUAAUAACCGAAGCACGCUUUCGGAGCCCUCCAAAAUUGCACCAUGUACUGCUAAAAUCGUGAGCAUCAAGAAGGGGGCUCCUACGAGCAAUAUUAGUAAUGCAGGCAUCUCAGCGGCUACUCUGCCAGCUUCCUCCUUUAUGAAACCAAACAUAGUUGCUUGCAGUAAAAGUGCAUUAACUGAUGCAAUUCUUCCUGCAAUUGCCGGCCCUGUCCCUUGCAGCAUGGAUGUAUCCCCAACACAAUCAGAGGGACUUUCUGUUUCGAUGGACGAGUCAAUGUCUACUUGUGAUUCCUUGAACAGUCCUGAAGUUGAGUAUCUGGACAACAAUGAAAUAACUGCAGUUGAUUCCAUAGAGAAGAAGGCAUCAACCAAACUCUGCAUCUCUGAUCAUGUCCAAUCUCCAGGGAUUAUAUGUAAAAGAGAGGCACUUUCAGAGGUGGUAUCAGAUGAUGACAUAAUUGAUGUUGAUGACAAUCUAAUGGACCCACAGUCAUGUGCAACCAUAGCCUGUGAUAUAUACAAACACUUGCGAGCAUCUGAGGUGAAGAAAAGGCCUGCUAUAGAUUUCAUGGAAAGAGUACAGAAAGACAUUAAUGCCAGCAUGCGUGCAAUUCUCAUAGAUUGGCUUGUUGAGGUUGCUGAGGAGUACAGGCUGGUUCCCGAGACAUUGUAUCUUACGAUUAACUACAUUGAUCGUUAUCUAUCUGGCAAUGUGAUGGACCGACAAAGAUUGCAGUUGCUGGGUGUUGCUUGCAUGAUGAUUGCCUCGAAAUAUGAAGAGAUUUGCGCACCUCAGGUAGAAGAGUUCUGCUAUAUAACUGAUAACACAUACUUUAAGGAUGAGGUUUUGGAAAUGGAAUCUGCUGUCCUGAAUUACUUGAAGUUUGAAAUGACUGCCCCUACAGUUAAAUGUUUCCUAAGGAGAUUUGUUCGUGCUGCUCAGGGUCUGGUAGUCCAUGAGGCUCAGUCACUACAGUUGGAGUGCUUGGCCAACUACAUUGCAGAGCUAUCUCUUCUCGAGUACAGUAUGCUGUGUUAUGCACCGUCACUCAUAGCAGCUUCUACCAUUUUCUUGGCCAAAUACAUACUUGUCCCUGCAAAGAGACCUUGGAACUCCACAUUGCGGCAUUACACUCUGUACCAGCCCUCUGAUUUGCAUGACUGUGUCAAGGCUCUGCAUAGCCUUUGUAGCGGCAGUCACAACUCCAGUUUACCUGCAAUCAGAGAAAAAUACAGUCAGCAUAAGUACAAAUUUGUUGCAAAGAAGUACUGCCCGCCAUCAAUACCUCCGGAGUUCUUCCAGAAUGUGAGCAGCUAGCUGAGAGGGUAACAUUUAACCGUUCAACCAUCCGUUGGACGAAAUUUGAGUGCAUUCCAUCACACUCAUUAGUCUCCUUUGCAGAUUCUCGGAUAUGAUUUGUGCUCUGAUAAUCUGGCAUUUUUCAUGGAAAGCCAGCAGGUGCCUUGUACCGAUGCUAUAAUCUUUGUUACGAGUACCAAACAACUUGGUCCAGAUUUCUUUCUGACAUCUGAUGUACAGAUUAGCCAUAUAAUUGCUUCUUGAGUAAUGCCCCUUUCUUUAGAGGGUUUGUUA